AGCUCCUGGACACCUGUUACCAUGUGGUUCCUGAUCCUGUUCCUAGCCCUGUCCCUAGGAGGGAUUGAUGCUGCACCUCCUGUCCAGUCUCAAGUGGACUGUGAGAAUUCCCAACCCUGGCAUGUGGCUGUGUACCGCUUCAACAAAUAUCAAUGCGGGGGAGUCCUGUUGGACCGCAACUGGGUUCUCACAGCUGCCCACUGCUAUAACGACAAGUACCAGGUUUGGCUGGGCAAAAACAACUUUUUGGAGGAUGAACCUUCUGACCAACACCGGCUUGUCAGCAAAGCCAUCCCUCACCCUGACUUCAACAUGAGCCUCCUGAAUGAGCACACCCCACAACCUGAGGACGACUACAGCAAUGACCUGAUGCUGCUCCGCCUCAGCAAGCCUGCUGACAUCACAGAUGUUGUGAAGCCCAUCACCCUGCCCACUGAGGAGCCCAAGCUGGGGAGCACAUGCCUAGCCUCAGGCUGGGGCAGCACUACACCCAUCAAGUUCAAAUAUCCAGAUGAUCUCCAGUGUGUGAACCUCAAGCUCCUGCCUAAUGAGGACUGUGACAAAGCACAUGAAAUGAAGGUGACAGAUGCCAUGCUGUGUGCAGGAGAGAUGGAUGGUGGCUCAUACACUUGUGAGCAUGACUCAGGAGGCCCACUGAUCUGUGAUGGUAUUCUCCAAGGUAUCACAUCAUGGGGCCCUGAACCAUGUGGUGAGCCCACUGAGCCAAGUGUCUACACCAAACUUAUUAAGUUCAGCUCCUGGAUAAGAGAAACUAUGGCGAAUAACCCCUGAGUGUCACAUUGUCCCCUUUUCUCAAUAAAGCCCACCAUGCAGCAAAUGA